AUGUCAGCCCCCGUCACCUCACUUUGGUGGCCCGAGGAUCGGGUGAAAGCGACCCUCUGCCCGGAAUACGUCUUCGGCCAGCUCCCUUCGAAUGUCCUGCACCGUCUAGUGGCCCCGCUGCCUUGGGGAGAGGGCCUGACGAGCGAAUCUUAUCUCGACUGGAUCAUCGCCAAGGCCGGCAGGCUCUUUCUCAUUCUUGUCGACAUCGACAUACCCGAUCGAAUCUUCGCGUUAAUAGACGAGUCUCUGGAUGACUCGGAUUUACCGUUCUCGGCCCCCAGUGUCAAGCGUCUGCCUCUCUUUGCCGACGGCCCGAACCCCGACCUCGAACACAGGUUCUUCCUGGCGCAAUGGCGGUUCAUUGUACGCGGAAUUGCAGCAGGCGACCAUGUGAAGUACACUCAAAACGAAGGCGUUCCUGUGGAACUCCUCCGCACGGGAACAUCGUUGGUAAGAGAGGGCGUUGAAAAGGUGGUUCUAGCCGGCGCGGCGUGCCGUAUACUCCUGCGAACGCAAGUCACUGUCGGCGGAGCACCGCACUUCUUUGAGGAGGAUGAGGUACUGGAGGAGAUCCGUUCCUUGAGGAGGCUGGCCCAUGACCACGUUUAUUCGAUCUACGCAUCCUACUUUGUGGAUAACACGGUCUGCAUUCUGUUCUCCGGAGUAUACGAACGCACCUUGAUGUCUUUCCUCACUGACGUGCCUCAACCAUUCAAACGGCUUCCGAAAAACAAGCGGCGGGAGAUAUUGGUCAAUUGGCCGCAUUGCUUGGCUGAUGGGUUGUCUUGGCUGCAUGCACAUAGCCAUGCACAUAGCGUCAUCCGUCCGUCGAACAUACUGGUCGAUGCUGAAUUCCGAGUCUAUCUAGGUCAAUUCGAGGCACUCGAUACCUUGCUGUCGCCGGCCAAGAUGGAUGACGUCGAGUCGUAUCAGUAUGGCUCCCCAGAGCGCUGGGUGCGCUCGGUCAGUGUCCAGAACACUGACAUAACGAGACCAUCGGUUAGUCUUCCAUCAGGGAGCCGUUCGGCGCGGAAGCAGUCGGCCUCGUCAACUGCACGCCCGUCCUUCCUGAGCUUGUCUCGACUCCGAAGCUCUCUGCCGUCCGAUCACGAGACAGACAGUCCACGUGCAGAAUCGGUCACCUCGCAAGGUACUGCCAUACGAAUUGGCCUGCAAGGGUCCUCUUCGUCGCGAGUCUCCUUCACCCAAUCGUCCUCUUCCGGAUCCAGUACUGGAAGUGUCCGCAAACGCGCCAUCGGAUCCAUCAAACGGCCCAUGUUCUAUACACCUUCCAUCACCUCUUCCAACUCCUCGGGAUCUUCUUCCGCCUCUUCUGCUAUAUAUCACCCAAUCGGUUAUCCUAUCAUAGGCACGAAUGCUGCAAUAGUCCAGACCUGGCAGACGCGCCAAACGGACCCGGAAGCCUCCGACAUCUUCUCCCUCGGGGCUGUGAUACUAGAUAUCUUUACCAUUCUCUGCAAACGCAAGCUCUCCGCCUUUGCUCAUCACCGGGGAGCCAAGAAUCGGACUGCCGGCCGUGGGGGCGGCGUCGCCGAUUGCUCCUUUCACCUGGACCGGAACGCCGGCCAGGUCUGCUCAUGGAUCACACUCCUGGACAACGACGCCAAGAAACACAAAGACUCCAUCUUCCAGGCCGUUCGGCCAAUGCUCGAUGUUGUUCGAGUGAUGCUGAGCAGAGACCCAGCCGAGCGUCCCUCCGCGUUCCAGGUCGAGCAGCUAUUCGCGCGCGCGAUCCAGAAGUUGGACGCCGCCGCC